AUGAAAUUAUCUCUUUAUGAUCGAGUUGUUCGAUUAAGUAAUGUGCCAGCACCGCAACUUCAGCUCUUUAUUUCACUCAUACAGGCACACACACCAAUUGGAGUCAUCGUCACUUUCAAGCAACAUGAGAAAGCAGACGAGGACUAUCGAUACAUCCCUGACAUUCUCUUGAAACAGAAGCAAGAAGAGCUCAAAUCUCUAGAUGAUCCGAUAAUCACUCGUUUUCUUCGCCUUAUUUCGUACUCCAUUGUUCGUCACUUCACGGCAGAAAUGUCUGCGGAGGCCGUAGAAAAACUUGUACCAUACGAACUCGUGGAUAUUGGGGCAAACCUUGGACAUCCUCUUUUUCAAAAUGAUCUCGAUGAUGUCCUAUUUCGUGCGAAGCAAUCAGGAAUAUCGAAGCUAAUGGUAACUGGGACGUGCGAAAAAAUCAGUCAGGAAAGUAUGAAGUUAGCUGAAAGAAUGCCUGGGUUCCUCUAUUUUACCGCAGGGGUACAUCCACAUGAUGCAAAAGACUUUGAUAAUAAGACCCUUGACAAUUUGAGGAUUCUUCAGGCACAUCCUCAGUGCGUUGCUGUGGGGGAAUGUGGACUGGACUUCAAUAGGAACUUUUCACCUCAAGACAUUCAAAAGGACGUUUUUGCAAUGCAGGACAUGGUUCGAAUACUAAGCGAUGCUGGAGCAAGGUUGCCGCCGGCUGUUAUUCACUGUUUCACCGGGACUGAAGACGAAGCGAAGAAAUAUGUCGAAAUGGGUUUGUAUAUUGGAUUGACGGGUGUGUUUUUAUCUCUGUUUUCAAUGGCGAUGAUGAAAGACGGUGAUACUCGAUUUCGAAGUUCCUCAGGGUUUCUAUGGAAAGAUCGGCUGACAAAUGGUGUGCAAAUGGCCCUUCGCAACGGUUCCAUUCCUCUUGAUCGACUUCUUAUUGAAACUGAUGCGCCAUUUAUGUAUCCGAAGAUUACCGACAAAAAACUGCCAGCAGAUGUGAAGGAGGCCUUUACUGAGUCAGCAAAGCAACUGCACAAAUUCACUACUUUCAACCGUAAUGAACCAUGCGCACUAGCUGCCAUCUGCGAGAUGAUUGCCGCUUUCAUGGGAAAAGAUCCGAAAGAGGUGUUCAAAUUUGGUGAAUUUGUACUCAAAAGUGGAUUGAAAUCGCCAAUUUAUAUAGACUUACGCGAGUGUUUUGGAUACCCUGAUGUUAUGGACCUCGCAUCAGAUGGUCUCAAAUCCCUGAUAGACGAAGCGGGCAUUUCUUUCGAUGGAAUCGUUGGAGUGCCAUAUGCGGCUUUACCGUAUGCGACUUUGGUGUCCCAACGAUCUAAGAAACCGCUCCUCAUCGUUCGCAAGGAGUCAAAGAAUUAUGGCACUAAGAAGAUGGUCGAAGGCAUCUAUCAAAAAGGUGAUCGAGUGGCCAUUAUUGAGGAUGUAGUUACUACCGGUGGAAGUAUCCGAGAUGUAGUGACAGCAUUACGUGCAGAUGGUCUUAUAGUUGAGACAGUGUUCUGCCUUCUCGAUAGGGAGCAGGGUGGAUCUGACAAUCUCAAAGAAGACGGAAUUUCUCUUUACAGCCUUUUCAAUAUGGAAACUAUUCUCUGCUUUUUGCUUUCGGUAGAUGCUAUCACUGAGGAGACAUUGCUGGAGAUUAUUGAGGCACUAAACCUCUCCUACAAAGAAGUGAAACAUCUUCAAAUUUCCCCCCACAUGGAGAACUUGGAUGCUUUUCCUAUGUCUAAUCUGGGUCGUCUUCCAAUAGAGGAACGUGCAAAAGAGGUCGUGUCUUCGCUGAACAAGAAAUUAUUCGAUAUGAUGAUCAGAAAAAACUCAAAUCUGUGUCUGGCCGCUGACUAUACCGAAGCGGAGAAAAUCCUUCAACUAGCCGAGAAGGCCGGUCCAUUCGUCAUUGCCAUUAAAGUCCAUGCUGAUGCCAUUGUGGACUUCUCAAAGGAGUUUACGACACGGUUGGUACGACUGGCAAAUGACCACGACUUCGUUAUCUUCGAGGACAGGAAGUUUGGUGAUACAGGGAAUACGAAUCUGUUGCAACUGAAAGGAGCUCUUCGUGUUGCUGAAUGGGCUGAUGUGGUUACCGUUCACGCAGUCCAAGGUAGCGACUCGAUUGGACCAGUCUUUCGUCAGGUACGUAAAGGUUGA